AUGGAGGCAAAGACAAUGGUGGAAAUCAAAGGUGGAACAACAACUAUCAACAGAACCGGUAUCAACAAGAACCUCCAUACCAACAGCAAAACCAAGGCCAAAGAUACCAACCACCUCACCAAAGAGAGGAGUCCCGAGGAGCCAAGCUCAAGAGAAGACAUUCAAGAUGAAGAUGUUGUUGAGGUGAAAGAUGUUGAAGAAGAGGAUAAGGUACAAGAUGCGGUUGAAGAAGAAGUUGCUCAACUAAGGAAUGGAGUAUCUAAGGAAGACAAUCUUCCACCGUUGAAAAGGUCGGCAGCCCAUUUUAUUUUAGUAGAUAAGAGCAUAAUCUCAGUGAUUGGCAUUGCGGAAGACGUCUUGGUAAGCAUUAAAGGGUUGACUUUUCCUAUUGACUUCUACAUUCUAGAGAUGCCUCCUAAUGACUCAAGAAGACCUUCAUCCAUCUUGUUUGGAAGGCUAUUUUUGAAGACUUCUCGGUUUAAAUUGGAUGCCUUCUCGGUUCACCAAGAGGCAGUAGAUGAGAAGAACAUGGUUCAAGGUGCAAGUAUGGGGAAGCCCCCUGAGUAUACUGAAGACACCUUGCCACCUCCAAUGGUUUCGGAUGAUCAAGUGCCAAGCCAUGAGCUGAAAAUGAAGUUGAAGCCCUUUCCAGCUCACCUAAAAAGAAUGACAGUUUUGUUGAAGAAAUAUGAAAUCAUUCAUAUGGUGGCGACGGCUUACCAUCCUCAAACCAAUGUGCAAGCCGAAGUGUCUAAUAGAGAGAUCAAGCGCAUACCGGAGAAGAUUAUCAAACCUCAUAGAAGGGACUUGAGCUCUAGGCUUGGAGAUGCGCUAUGGGCUUAUCGCACUGCUUACAAGACACCCAUCGGCAUGAGUUCGUUCCGCCUAGUCAACGGAAAGGCUUGCCACCUUCCGGUAGAGGUGGAACAUAAAGCUUACUGGACUGUGAAGGAAUUGGAGGAAUUGGAGUGCCUUUGA